AUGAAUCUUGAAAACUUCUCCUACUUUUCGGGCAUGUGCAACAUGACAGCGGAAUCUCAGUACUCCCCAACCGAGGCGGCGAGUCCCAUUGGAGUCCCACCUAACCGAAGCCUGGAUUCCCCCUCGCCGGGGAGAGGAAAAGACGAGGUGGUGAUCAAAUCGGAGCGUCGGGUCAACAGCCCUGCCACUGACAGGGAGGAUGGCAAUUUGGGCCAGACUGACGACCAGCUGCCAACAUUUGGGAGCCGACGCAGAAAGCGGCCCGUUCAGCGAGGCAAGCCGCCUUACAGCUACAUCGCUCUGAUAGCCAUGUCCAUCGCCAACUCUCCCGAGAGGAAACUCACGCUCGGGGGCAUCUACAAGUUCAUCAUGGAACGCUUUCCGUUCUACCGGGAGAAUUCCAAAAAGUGGCAGAACUCGAUCCGGCACAACCUGACCCUCAACGACUGCUUCGUGAAGAUCCCGCGGGAGCCCGGGCGCCCUGGCAAGGGCAACUACUGGACCCUGGACCCGGCGGCCGAAGACAUGUUUGAUAACGGCAGCUUUUUGCGCAGAAGGAAGCGCUUCAAGAGGACAGAUGUGAGCACCUACCCGGGCUACAUGCAGAACUUCAGCGCCUUCACUUCGACCCCGGUCGGAAGGCAGUCCUAUCCCAACACAUUAUACCACGGCAUGGGCUCAGGGUACAGCCCCCAGAUCCACAGCAGCACGCACCACCCCGCCAUGCUCCAUCAAUACCAGAACCCAGGCCUGGUCGGACAGGAGCAGCACAGAAUGUUCAGCAUAGACAAUAUCAUCAACCAGCAGUCUGUGCUGCAGUCUUCCUCGGGGGCCGAGCUGAGCCACCAGUCACUGGGCUUGAACGGGGACUUCGGCAGCAUGGACCCCAGCUGCUCGAUGGGAGUCGGUUCCGACCAGGUUUCCUCCUGUUUCCAGUCCCAGUCGUCCAGUCCGUCUGGAGUGGGAUCCGUGCUGAGCAGGUCCAGCGGCACCAUCUCAUCCAACCUGGCGGCGGCUUAUCCUUACAACUCCUCGCCGACCCACUUGCCCGCCAUGGCCCAGGCGAGUUACUCCCCGGGUACUACCCAAAUGUACGCCCCUUGCAACAGGACCUCUCUGCAGCCCAUGCGGUCCAGCUCGUGUUCCGACCACACCGAUCAGCCCCUGAGUCCACCGAGCUCACAAAUGAACGGGCUCGUCCAGUUCGGUGCCAAUAACUCCUAUAUGAGGCAGGUCAAUUUUGCCUCAGGACUGGAGAGGUACCUGUAA